AUGGAACAUAAUGAGGAUAAUAAACCGGAAAUUCUGCAGCCUGGAAGUCCAGCUUUGACUGCAAGAGAUAUUACAGAGAAUAGAGGAGAAUCUGAAUUGAUAGCGAGAGACUCUACACCAAUAACAACAUCGACGACGACUGCUACAACGAGUAACGUUAAGCCAUCGAUAGCUGACGUCGUUGGUGGAUCACAAACGAGAAGAUACUUAAAUGACAAGGUGACUCCUUACCUUUUAGACGGUAUGAGGCUAAUUGCCGUGGAACAACCUGAGGACCCAUUAAAAAGAUUAGGCGAAUAUUUAAUUGAACAAAGUGAAAAGAUAAAUAAAUAA